AUGAAACUCCCGUUCCUAUUACUGGCCUCCAGUGUCCAUUAUGUCUCGUUAUCAGCAAGUCCCAUAUUUGAGGAGUUCUUUUCUCCAGGUGUUGGCACCAGAGGAGCCGUUGCUUCAGAGGCUCAAGAAUGUAGCUACAUCGGCAGAGACUUAUUAGCACGAGGUGGAAAUGCCGUCGAUGCCAUGAUCGGAACGACCUUCUGUGUUGGUGUUAUCGGCAUGUACCACUCCGGCAUUGGAGGCGGUGGUUUCAUGAUUGUGCGUGACAAGAAGGGCAACUACGAAGCAAUCGACUUCAGAGAAUCAGCCCCUGCAGCAGCUUUUGAGGGCAUGUACCAAGGAAAUGUGAACGGUAGCAUCUACGGGGGUCUUUCUGUUGGUGUGCCAGGCGAAGUCCGUGGGUUUGAGUAUGCACACAAGAAAUACGGUAGCCUUCCAUGGAAAACAGUCUUACAAGGAGCUAUUAAGGUGGCUCAAGAUGGAUUCACAGUCAAUGCCGACAUGGCAAGAUUUAUUGAAAAGACUAUUAGAGACCAUCACAACUUCUUUGUCGAGGAUCCCUCAUGGGCAGAAGAUUUUACCCGAAAUGGACAGCUUAUCCCAGAAGGAGAGAAGAUGACAAGACGACGAUACGCCCGUACACUUCAAGCUAUCGCAGAGCAUGGCGCUGACGCCUUCUAUACAGGUGCCUUCGCUGAGAGCAUGGUCAAGACCAUCCAGGAAACAAAUGGUACCAUAACCCUGGAUGACUACAAGAACUACGAUGUAAUUUCUCGAGAGGUUCUUCACACUGAGUACAAGGGCUACGAUGUCUACGGCAUCAGCUCUCCAGCCGGUGGCGCCGUGUCACUCAAUAUCCUGAACAUCAUGAACGGCUACACCCACCAAGACGAGGAUCGAAACACCACACUGCACAUCUACAUCGAAGCUAUGAAGUUCGCAUACGGAGCUCGUCUGCACCUUGGCGACCCUGACUUUGUAGAUGGCGUUCCUGAGCUUGAACAUGAGAUGCUCAAUGCCACAACAGCAGAAAAGAUCAGGAGUAAGAUCAAUCCUCGAAAGACCCAGAAGAUUGAGAAGUAUGAUCCCGAUGGCAUCUACUCAUCUGAUGGGCAUGGAACUUCACACGUCGUCACUGCGGAUGGCGAUGGUAUGGCUGUUUCGCUGACCACCACCGUCAACCUCAUCUUUGGAUCACUCCUCAUGGACCCUCUCACUGGUGUGAUCCUAAACAACGAAAUGAAUGACUUCUCUAUUCCGGGAGUUCCUAAUGAGUUUGGUUUCGCACCAGCAGAAGCAAACUUCAUUCGUCCAAACAAGCGCCCCUUAUCCUCCUGUACACCUCUUAUUGUAUCCAACAAAGACGGAUCUCUCUUUGCUGCCAUCGGAGCUGCAGGGGGCUCACGUAUUAUCUCCGCCACUACUCAAGUUGCGUGGCGUGUAUUGACUUCUCCAUCGUGGUCUAUCAAGGAUGCUGUUCGUGAGCCCCGUGUUCACAACCAGCUCAUCCCGAAUACGCUACUCGUGGAGAAGAAGUUCAGUUCGUAUGAUGUUCCAUCGCUGGUGGAGCGAGGACAUAAUAUCACUUGGGUCGAUGAGGGACUGAGUACAGUUCAAGCGCUGACAAGGGACUCAGCUGGUGUUUUUCAGGUCGCUCCUGAACCCAGGCAGAAGAACAGUGGCGGUGUGACAUUGUAG